CACAGUUCACACACUGCAGUGGGAGAGACGCGUACGGAGGGAUGGACAUCAAUGCAUGGCCCUUUCUCCACUCACAGUACACUUAGCGGAAGCCUGUGGGAUCUCGACUGGACGCUUGGUGUCGACACAAUGAAGCAGUGUCACGUAUUGGUGUAAAAAAACAACAUAAAGGAGGAGGAAGAAAAGGAGAAGGCCUUUGACAGUGCUGGUGGACGGAUGGCUCCAGAGUGACGUGCCAUGGCUUUAACAAUCCCCCCAGUGAAACUGAAAUGGCUCGAGCACCUCAACAGCUCCUGGAUCACAGAGGACAGCGAGUCGAUAGCCACACGGGAGGGUGUUUCUGUGCUUUACUCAAAGCUCCUGGCUAACAAAGAAGCUGUGCUGUUACCCCAACAGGUGCUAUGUCUUAAGGGUCCUCAGCUGCCAGACUUUGAGCGCGAGUGUCUCUCCAGCGAUGAACAGGAACACUACUUGGAUGCGCUACUUGGCAGCCAGUUGGCUUUGGCCAAGAUGGUCUGUUCUGACUCUCCCUUUUCUGCCGCCCUGCGCAAACGUGUCCUGGUUCUUCAGCGAAUCUUCUAUGCACUUUCCAACAAGUACCAUGAUAUGGGAAAGGUGAAACAGCAGCAGCACUCUCCAGAGAGUAACUCGGGCUCAACGGAUCUGCACUGUGUCAGCGAGCGACCGCGCUCUAGCACCGAUGCACUCAUUGAGAUGGGUGUUCGCACAGGCCUCAGCCUUCUCUUUGCUCUGCUGCGGCAGAGCUGGAUGAUGCCUCCUCCACCGAGCCCGUGUGGGGUAGCUGGUGGCAACCUGAAUUUGUGUAAUGAUGUCAUUCGCACAGCCAUUGAUGUAGUUACUUCCCUGCCACCCCUCUCUCUGGCAAAUGAGAGCAAGAUUCCACCAAUGGGCCUGGACUGUUUGGCCCAGGUCACCACUUUUCUGAAGGGCGUCACAAUGCCAAAUUCAGGGGCAGAUAUCUUAGGGCGACGACUUGCCUCAGAGUUACUGCUAGGACUCGCCUCCCAGAGGGGCUCCCUUCGCUACUUGCUUGAGUGGAUUGAGAUGGCGCUGGCAGCAUCGGCUGUGGUCAGUGCAAUGGAGCAGAAUAAGGCACUACAAAGUCAGGAGGGCCUCAUUGGUUAUGAUUGUUUUAUGAACAUCCUCCUACAGAUGAGACGCUCACUGGGUUCCUCAGCAGAUCGCAGCCAAUGGAGAGAACCUGCCCGCAACCCUGAUGGGCUGUGCUCAUUGUAUGAGGCAGCCCUCUGUCUUUUUGAAGAAGUGUGUCGGAUGGCGUCAGACUACUCCCGCAGCUGUGUCAGUCCAGACAGCAUCCAGACAGGCGAAACGCCUGUAAUUUCUGAGACCUGUGAAGUUUAUGUGUGGGGAAGUAACAGUAGCCACCAACUUGUGGAGGGUACACAAGAGAAGAUCCUGCAGCCCAAGUUGGCCCCCAGCUUUGCAGAUGCGCAGACAAUUGAGGCGGGCCAGUACUGUACCUUUGUAAUCUCCUCUGAUGGAUCUGUGCGGGCCUGCGGGAAGGGAAGCUAUGGUCGCCUUGGCCUCGGAGACUCGAACAAUCAGUCCACACUCAAGAAACUGACCUUUGAACCUCACCGUGCUAUCAAAAAAGUGUCGUCCUCCAAGGGGUCAGAUGGCCACACGCUGGCCUUCACUACAGAGGGUGAAGUGUUCAGCUGGGGUGAUGGUGACUAUGGCAAGCUUGGUCACGGGAACAGUUCGACACAGAAAUACCCAAAACUUAUCCAAGGACCACUACAAGGAAAGGUGGUGGUAUGUGUAGCUGCUGGCUAUAGACACAGUGCUGCGGUCAGUGAGGAAGGCGAGCUGUACACAUGGGGGGAAGGUGACUUUGGAAGACUGGGUCAUGGUGACAGCAACAGCAGAAACAUUCCCACCUUGGUCAAAGACAUCAGCAACGUGGGAGAAGUGUCAUGUGGUAGCUCUCAUACUAUUGCCUUGUCAAAAGAUGGUCGUACUGUCUGGUCCUUUGGAGGUGGAGAUAAUGGCAAACUUGGUCAUGGUGAUACUAAUCGUGUUUACAAGCCAAAAGUUGUAGAGGCACUCCAAGGGAUGUUCAUCAGAAAAGUGUGUGCUGGAAGCCAGUCUUCUCUUGCCUUAACUUCCACUGGACAGGUUUAUGCUUGGGGUUGUGGCGCUUGCCUUGGUUGUGGUUCUUCUGAGGCAACAGCACUAAGACCGAAACUUAUUGAGGAGCUCGCUACGACCAGGGUGGUGGACAUCUCUAUAGGGGACAGUCACUGCCUGGCCCUGUCGCAUGAUAAUGAAGUAUAUGCAUGGGGAAACAACUCUAUGGGCCAGUGUGGGCAGGGCAAUUCCACCGGACCAAUCACAAAGCCCAAAAAGGUUGUUUGCUUGGAUGGAGUCACCUUACAGCAGAUCUCAGCCGGAACUUCCCAUAGUUUGGCAUGGACAGCCCUUCCUAGAGACAGGCAAGUGGUUGCCUGGCACAGACCCUAUUGUGUUGACCUUGAGGAAAGCACUUUCUCCCAUUUACGCUCCUUCCUUGACCGUUAUUGUGACGGUAUCAACUGUGAAGUUCCUCCUCUGCCCUUCCCUUCAUCCAGGGAGCAUCAUAACUUCCUUAAGCUGUGCCUUCGGCUUUUGUCCAAUCAUCUGGCUCUGGCACUUGCCGGGGGUGUGGCUACAAGUAUUUUAGGCCGGCAAGCCAGGCCUCUGAGGAAUCUUCUCUUCAGACUAAUGGACUCUUCAGUGCCAGAUGAGAUUCAGGAGGCAGUGAUUGAGACACUAUCUGUCGGAGCAACCAUGCUUCUGCCUCCACUGAGAGAGAGGAUGGAACUACUCCAUUCUUUGCUGCCUCAAGGCCCUGACAGAUGGGAGAGUCUGUCCAAAGGACAGAGAAUGCAGCUCGAUAUCAUCCUGACCAGUCUCCAGGACCACACCCACGUAGCUUCUCUCCUGGGGUAUAGCUCUCCUGACGGUCCGGAGGUGCUUACCUGUGGCCUGGGAUUCACAGCUUGCCUGGACCCAAACUACAGUGCCACAGCAGGUCACCCUGACACACAUCUAGCUGAGAUCCUCAUGAAGACACUGCUGAGGAACCUUGGUUUUUAUACUGAUCAAGCUUUUGGCGAACUGGAGAAAAACAGUGACAAGUUGCAGCAGGGCAUGUCUUCUUCUGAUAGCAGCCAACCAGCUCACCUCCACCAGCUCCUAUGUUCCUUACAGAAGCAACUGUUAGCCUACUGCCACACCAACAUUGUGACUGAGAACUCCAGCAGCGUAGCUCUGCUCCAUAAGCAUUUGCAGCUCCUUCUGCCUCACGCCACAGACAUAUUCUCCCGUUCAGCCACUUUGAUCAAAGAAAGUUCCUGGAAUGGCAGCGUACGUGAGAAGCUACAAGAUGUGAUCUUUGUGUCAGCAGCAGGCAGUAUGCUGUGUCAGAUUAUCAACUCUUUGCUUCUGCUACCUGUGUCUGUGGCGAGGCCUUUGCUAAGCCACCUCCUUGAUUUGCUGCUUCCGCUGGACCGACUAAAUAGACUCUUGCCUGCUGCCUCCCCUCUGGAGGACCAGGAGCUGCAGUGGCCUCUUCAAGGUACAUCAGAUUUUGCUGAACCUGGUUCAGGAAUUUCACUGGCACAACCGGCCCUAUCCUGGGUGUGGCUCGUUGAUUUGGAGAGGACAGUAGCCUUACUUGUUGGUCGUUGUCUUGGUGGGAUGUUGCAGGGUGCUCCCACCUCUUUGGAAGAGCAUGAUACUGCUUAUUGGCUCAAAACCCCUCUUUUCAGUAAUGGCUUGGAAAUGGACAUCCCACAGCUUGAUGCGUCGAUCAGCUCGUUGCUGGAUGCUGCGCUGUCGGAAAAUGAAGAGCAAAAGCCUUUUGACUGCACAGUGCGUCCUGACUUGAGUGUCCUGGUGGAUUUGGCUUUAGGAUCCUCCAAAGAACCUUCUAACAGCUUCUGGAUCGGCAUGCAAGAUUAUGCCAUUAGCAAAGACUGGGACAAUGCUUCUCUAAGUAAUGAGUCCCUUUUAGAUACUGUGUCCCGGUUUGUUUUAUCCGCCUUAUUGAAGCACACAUUGUUGCUCAAACAAGCGCACGGAGAAGGAAGAGACCAGCCAUCCAAGUCCCUGACAGAGGUCUAUCGCAGUGUUUAUAUGGUACGAAAUCGCCUGUUGGCGUGUAAGAAUAUGGAUUUUAUUCAGACGCGAUCUUCAUCUCGUGAGAGGAGGAUUUCAGACAAUCAGGACUCUCUAGACAUGGAUCCCCAGGAACAUUCAUUCACUCGCACCAUUGAUGAGGAGGCCGAACUGGAAGAAAGAGCUGGCCGUGAGAGAGAAGAGGGUCAUCCGGAACAAGAUGAUGAAGAAGAAGACCGAGAGCAUGAAGUCAUGACAGCUGGAAAAAUCUUUCAAUGUUUCCUCUCAGCACGGGACGUAGCUCGUAGUCGGGACAGAGAGAGGACCACCAACGCAGGCCUAGGUUCUAGCUCAGUGUCCAGAAGCGGAGGAGCAGAAGGCAGUGCAGGUGCAGAAGAGGAUGCCAGUCUAUCUCUGGAGGGGAGAAUGGGGAGUACAGUUCUCCCAGAAGGCCAGGAUUUGUACACUGCAGCUUGUAACUCUGUGAUCCACCGCUGUGCCCUGCUAAUUUUGGGUGUGAGUCCUGUUUUGGGCGAGCUGAUCAGGCAAAACCAAGAGGAGGGACAAACUGCUGCUGGAACACACGACUGCUUGAGCUUCAUGACCAGGAGUGAGAGUCUGAGUGCAGAGAGCCGCUCAGUGCAAAGCAGUCCCAGCUACCGGCUAAUCAAAUCAAGGAGCGAAUCAGACCUCUCGCAGCCUGAGUCUGAUGAAGAGGGAUAUAAUUUGAGUGGAAGGAGAAAUGUUGACCUGGAUUUGGCGCUCUCUCACAAAAAAAGAGGUCUACUUUAUAGCUCUCCAGACUCCCUGGCAGAGUCCUGGUUUCGUGCAAAACUAAGUUGUCAACGCAGCUACAGUUUUGCAUACUCGUAUGAAGAAUCAGACCUGAACCUAAACCGCUCUCUUGGUAUUCAUGCUCUUAUUGAGAAUAUGAUCAGCUUCAUCAGCGGUGAUAUUGGCCUAACUCCAGCAUUCAAAGAACCAGAAGAAAGCAUGUCCACUAGUCCACAGGCCAUGAUUCUUGCCAUGGAACAGCAGCAGAGCAGGGCAGAGCUGAGGUUAGAAGCCCUGCAUCAAAUUGUGGUGUUAAUUGCUGGUAUGGAAGAGAAAGGCGGCCAGCCGGAGAAUACAGAUCGUCCUUGCGGUACCUUCCAGUCCUCUUCCCUACUCACCUCUGUCCGGCUGCAGUUCCUGGCUGGUUGUUUUGGCUUGGCCACUGUUGGCAAUGGUGGUCAGAAAAGAGAGAGUGUGCAGCUGCACCAUUAUCAGGAUGGUGUCAAAGUAGCUAAGAGAAGCCUCCAAUUGGAAAUCCAGACAGCAGUUCAUAAAAUAUACGAGCAACUAUCUGUAACACUGGAAAGAGCAUUGCAGGCGAACAAACACCACAUAGAAGCCCAGCAACGCCUUCUGCUGGUGACUGUAUUUGCUCUGAGUGUGCGUUACCAGCCUGUAGACGUUUCCCUGGCCAUCUCCAGUGGGUUACUCAAUGUGCUGUCCCAGCUGUGUGGUACAGAGACCAUGCUGGGACAGCCCCUCCAGCUUCUACACAAACCAGGAGUAUCCCAGCUUAGCACUGCUCUCAAAGUGGCCUCCACACGGCUGCUGCAGAUACUAGCCAUCAGUACUGGGACAUAUGCAGACAAAUUAGGUCCAAAGAUUGUCCAGUCAUUGCUGGACCUCCUCUGCAGCCAACUGAAGAACCUUCUGGCCCAGGCAGGAGUUAGCAUCUUGUUUUCUGAAAAGCACCAAGACAGCAAACAAGAGGACUCUGCUGACUCUGAGAAGAAAGACUUCAGAGCUUUACUACGCAAUCAACAUACCGCUGAGCUACAUUUGGGAGAUUUUCUAGUCUUCUUAAGGAGAGUGGUGUCAUCCAAAGCCAUCCAGUCCAAGAUGGCCUCCCCCAAAUGGACUGAAGUGUUACUCAAUAUUGCUGCACAGAAAUGCUGCUCAGGGGUCCCUCUGGUGGGGAACCUGAGAACUCGACUUCUUGCGCUUCAUGUUUUGGAGGCUGUCCUACCGGCGUGUGAGGCCAAUAUGGAAGACGACCAAAUGACACAGGUUGUUGAGCGACUAUUCUCCUUGCUGUCUGACUGCAUGUGGGAAGCUCCCAUUGCUCAAGCUAAGCACUCAGUCCAGAUGAAAGAAAAAGUACAUGAACUCAAACUACAGGGAGACUCGGAGGACGAGGAGGAGAACCUCCCCGUUCAGGAAGUGUCAUUUGACCCUGAGAAGGCUCAGUGUUGUGUAGUGGAAAACGGACAAGGGUUGACCCAUGGUAGUGGGGGUAAAGGCUAUGGGCUGGCCUCCACUGGUGUCUCCUCUGGGUGCUAUCAAUGGAAGUUUCACAUCGUAAAAGAGAACCGUGGCAAUGAGGGAACAUGCGUAGGUGUUUCACGAUGGCCUGUGCAUGACUUCAACCACCGCACCACAUCAGACAUGUGGUUAUACCGCGCAUACAGUGGCAACCUCUACCAUAAUGGAGAACAAACUCUCACACUUACUAGUUUUACCCAGGGAGACUUCAUCACUUGUGUUCUGGACAUGGAGGCUAGAACCAUCUCAUUUGGAAAGAAUGGAGAGGAACCCAAAUUAGCCUUUGAGGACGUGGAUGCCACAGAACUUUACCCCUGUGUGAUGUUCUAUAGCAGUAACCCAGGGGAGAAGGUUAAGAUCUGUGACAUGCAAAUGCGCGGUACACCCCGAGACCUUUUGCCAGGAGACCCAGUUUGCAGCCCAAUGGCCACUGUCCUGGCCGAAGCCACCACACAGUUAAUCCGAAUCUUACACCGCACUGACGACUGGACACAUCGUAUUAACAAAACCAUGAUUGAACGUCUUUAUAAAAUCAAGCCUUGCUUCAGAGAGUCAGCAAGUUCCUCUGGAAGCAGCGGGGGUCAGCGGCUAAAAAAGAGUCGCUCAGUGCAGAGUCGGGAGGAGCAUGACACCCAUCGGGAAAAUCAGGAAGCACCUACGAGAACCGAGGAAGAAAGAGGCCGGCACGGACGACAUCAUGGCUUAGGCGAGCUAUCAGAGCACUUCCUAAGAACACUUUGCACUGAGGUAUGGCCAGUCCUGGCUGUAAUUGGAGGGGCAGAUGCAGGUCUCCGUGUUGGCGGGCGAUGUGUUCACAAGCAGACUGGGCGGCAUGCAACAUUGCUCGGAGUUGUAAAAGAAGGCAGUACUUCAGCCAAGGUCCAAUGGGACGAAGCCGAGAUCACCAUCAGCUUCCCAACUUUCUGGUCACCUAGUGACACUCCCCUGUACAACCUGGAGCCCUGCGAGCCUGUGACUUUCGACGUGGCAAGUUUCCGUGGCCUCACAGCCUCGCUACUGUUGGAUCUCACCUACCUUACAAGCAUCCACGAAGAAACGGCUGCUAAGCUCAGUGCACGUCGCCACGACAAGAGGCAUCGUAAUGCCCACUCGACAGGACACGAAACAACUAAUAACGAAGACAAGGUCGACAGUGAAAUGUCCAACCACAAUGACGCAAGAGAAAAUGCUGGCAAAGGAUCUGAAUCUGUCCCAAAUCCCUCAACCUCUGACUUGCGAGUUUCACAUAGCCUCGAUGAAGUCAAGUCACAUGUGGCACCCAACUCAAAGUCAGAUGGUGAGAUCUCCGCUGUAGUUGGUGGUGGGGUAGGUGGGAAUGACAUCCUUUUCUUUGUAGCCUCUCACACUCCUGUCGAGGGAAACCGGAAGAAAGGCCAUGAGCACGCUUCCCGUAGUCAUGAGCCCUACACUUCUUUAAAUGCCACCCAAACGGAGAUCCACGCAGUGCAGCUCUCCUACCUCUACCUGGGAGCAAUGAAGACCCUCAGUGUCCUGCUUAGCUGCAGCAAAUAUGCUGAGCUGCUGCUUAUACCAAAGAUCCCACCAGAAUCCACCGGGCACAAUGCUGAUCUAAGUGCCAGUGCAAGCACAGCUGCCAACUCUCCAAUAUGCCAAGAAGAGGUGGAGAUGCGGGCCGCUCUUCAAUUCCUAAUGCGCCAUAUGGUAAAGCGGGCAGUCUUGCGUUCCCCUAUCAAGCGGGCUUUGGGGCUGGCAGACCUGGAGAGGGCCCAGGCCAUGAUCUACAAGCUAGUAGUAAAUGGGCUUCAGGAAGAAUCCUGUGGGAGAAAGGGUAAACCCGGUGUGAGGAAUGAGUCAGAGGGUGAAGGUGAUGGUACAGAGGGUGAGCAAUUUGUACAGACCCCUGUCACCACAAGCCCUUCUGCCUCCAGCACCACCUCAUUCAUGAGCUCCUCUCUAGAGGAUACCACCACUGCAACCACACCUGUCACUGACACUGAGACCGCCCCUGCAUCGGAGUCUCCCGGGGUCAUGCCUCUCAGCCUCCUCAGGCAAAUGUUUUGCAGCUAUCCAACUACUUCCUUGGUUCCAACUCGGCGAGCUCAAACACCACCGGUGUCAUCUCUGCCAACCUCGCCCACAGAUGAGGUUGGCCGCAGGCAGAGCCUCACAUCUCCUGACUCACAGGGAACCAGACCACAAAACAGAACAGGUACCUCUCUUUCAGACCCUAGCAGCAGGCUGUCAACAUCCCCCCCGCCUCCUGCGAUUGCUGUACCCCUGCUGGAGAUGGGCUUCUCCUUGCGCCAAAUAACCAAAGCUUUGGAAGCGACUGGUGCGAGAGGUGAAGCAGAUGCUCAGAACAUUACAGUGCUGGCCAUGUGGAUGAUAGAACACCCUGGUACAGAUGAUGAGCAUGUUGAGCCUAGAGGCAGCGGUGUUGGAGGAGAUGUGUCUGAUGCCCCCUGCCCAGGUGCAACAGCAUUUGUGGGAAGCAAAUCUCGCGAUAGGAGCACCUAUGUUUGUUCAACUGGAGACAUUGUCAGCGCAGAUGCUUCAGAAAUUGAAGAGGGCUUCAGUGAGAGUCCUGAGGGACAAGAGCACGAUAGUGCAACAGCCUCCUCUGGAGUCGCCCUAAGAGGACGAUCUUCUGUUUCUCGGAAACAUCACUUCGAUCUGGCUGCUCGCAGAUUGUUUGCCCGUGCUGCUGGAUUGUACCGCUCAGUGCAGGCCCACCACAGCCAGUCACGCAGGGAGGUUCCCACUCACCAGCAACAACAAGACCCAGGCGCCCUUUAUGACUUCAACUUUCUGGAUGAAGAGCUUGAGAUGGACCUUGAUGAGGAGGCGAUGGAGGUCAUGUUUGGACAGGAUCUUGCCAGUGAACCUGACAUUCUGGGAAUGUGGAUCCCGGAGGUACUGGAUUGGCCAACAUGGCACGCAUGUGAAACAGAGGAUCGAGAUGAAGUUGUGGUGUGUGAACUCUGCGAAGCCAAUGUAGCCAACUUUAAUCAACAUAUGAAGAAAAGCCACCCGGGUUGUGGUCGCAGUGCCAACCGACAAGGCUACCGUAGUAACGGCUCAUACGUAGACGGCUGGUUUGGAGGAGAAUGUGGCAGCGGAAACCCCUACUACCUGCUUUGUGGUGCCUGCAGAGAGAAAUAUUUAGCCAUCAAAAGCAAGGCGAAAGUCCCGAUUAUUGAGAGAUAUAAGGGCCAGGCUCCUGAUCUUCUGGGAAAGCAGGACAGUGUGUAUGAAGAAGACUGGGACAUGAUGGAUGUUGAUGAAGAUGAGAAGCUCACUGGGGAGGAGGAAUUUGAGCUUUUAGCAGGUCCAUUAGGUCUGAGUGAACGCAGAACUGUCCCGGAGGCUGUACAGUUUCCUGAUAGUGACCCAUUGGGGGCCUCUGUAGCUAUGAUAACUGCCACCAACAGUAUGGAGGAGACACUACUGCAGAUCGGUUGUCACCCAUCAGUGGACAAGAGUUCAUCGGGCAGGGUAACUCUUGGAGAGCAGGCAGCCGCUCUGCACAACCCCCAUGACCGAGUGAUGGCCCUGAGAAGGGUGACUGCUGCAGCCCAGGUGCUGCUUGCCAGGACGAUGGUGAUGAGAGCCUUGUCUCUGUUGUCUGUGAGUGGGUCAAGUUGCAGCCUUGCAGCUGGCCUUGAGUCACUUGGCCUAACAGACAUCAGGACUCUUGUCAGGCUGAUGUGCCUAGCAGCAGCAGGCCGAGCUGGUCUUUCCACCAGUCCUACAGUAAGCUCUGGCCAUGCUGAAAGGCCACGCGGAGCUGCAAAGGCCAGCAAACCAAUUUCCUGUUUAGCGUAUCUCAGCACAGCAGUGGGCUGCUUAGCCUCAAACAGCCCCAAUGCUGCCAAACUGCUGGUGCAGCUUUGCACUCAGAAUCUCAUCUCUGCAGCAACAGGCAUGAAUCUGACAACAGUCGAUGACCCUGUCCAGAGAAAAUUCUUACCCAGUUUCCUGCGGGGCAUGGCCGAAGAGAACAAGCUUAUUACUUCCCCCAACUUUGUAGUGACACAGGCUCUGGUGGCUCUGCUGGCAGAUAAAGGGGCCAAACUCAGACCUGCUUAUGAUAAGGCUGAUAUGGAGAAAAGAGGUCUAAUUGCGCAUUUGUAUGCCCAUCCUUCCCAUAAUCCCUCCGCUGUAGGCCCUCUGGAGCUGGCUAAUGCUCUGGCAGCCUGUUGCCUGUCAUCCAGGCUUUCCUCACAGCAUCGGCAGUGGGCCACCCAGCAGCUAGUGCGCACACUAGCAGCCCAUGACCGUGACAAUCAGACCAGGCCACAGACCUUUGCCGAUAUGGCAGGGGACCUGCGGAAGUGUUCGUUUAUCAAGUUAGAGGCUCAUCAAAGCAGGGUCCUCACAUGUGGCUGGUGCAAAAAGAAAGGCCUGUUGGCAACUAGUGGCAACGAUGGCACCGUUAGGGUCUGGAAUGUAACCAAGAGCCAGUACACCCUGCAGCAAACCUGCGUCUUCAACAAGGAUGAUGAUUCUUCAGAAGAGGGCCAUUCAGGUUUUGGAUCUCCCAGUGAUUUUUGCUUAUCUCCUCUUGCUUGGAGUGUCACUGGAAAAUAUCUUGCGUCUGCAAUGGAGAAAAUGGUCAAUAUCUGGCAAGUUAAUGGAGGUAAAGGCCUUUUGGAUGUGCAGCCUCACUGGGUUUCAGCACUUGCUUGGCCUGAAGAGGAACCACAAUCUUUGUGGUCUGGAGAACCGACUGAUAUGUUGCUGGUGGGUCGAAUGGAUGGAUCCCUGGGCCUUAUUGAGGUACUGGAUUCUUCCAGGAUGCGCCGCACAGAGCUAGAGCACUGCUACAGGAAAGAUGUGGCAGUGAUGAACAUAGUCUGGUACAGUGAAGACAAACCUUUUGCUGUGGGCUACGCAGAUGGAAAGCUGUUGAUUGGAACCAAAGAGCCCUUAGAGCAACGAGCCAUUGUGGUCAUCGAUGCUCACAAGGAGUCCAUUACCAAUAUGAAGUGGAGUCCUACUGGUCAAAUCUUGAUGACUUGCGCGAAAGAAGAGACGGUGAAGCUUUGGGCCAGUCCAGACCCGUCCUCUGAGUUAGGCACCGGCUGGAGGUGUUUAAUUGGUCUUAGACAACCCUCCAUGGUAAAUGGUGUUGCCUGGUGCAGCUUACCCGGACGUGGCCCAAAGCAUCUCAGCAUGCUUGCCAUAUGCUGCCAAAAUGGUCUGGUGUCAGUCUGGACUGUCCCAGAGACCAUCUCAGGCUUCCUAGAAUUCUCUUCCUCAGACUCAGAGGGCUGGUGGGAGAAAGAAGCGAAUUCUAAACCUAUGUCUUCACAAUGGUCCCAAGAUGGAGCAACGUGUGUUUUCCAACUGAAGGGCCAUAUCACUCCAGCUAAAAUAGUGGCCUUCAGUCCUGAUGGGCUUUCUUUGGCCUCUGGAGGAGUUGGAGGCCUAAUGAACAUUUGGUCCCUGAGAGAUGGGUCAGUUGUUCAAACAGUUGUUGCUGGUUCAGGCGCUAUCCAGAAUAUUGUGUGGAUCCCGGAUGUUGGUGUUGCGGUGUGCUCCAACAGGUCAAAGGAUGUGUUGGUGGUGAAUUGCUCCAAAGAGUUCAUGGCAUCCAACCAUGUGCUAGCCACUUGCCGCACAGCUCUUAAAAAACAAGGUGUAGUUGGCCUCAACAUGGCGCCUUGCAUGAGGGCCUUCCUGGAGAGACUACCUCUUAUGCUGCAGGAGCAGUAUGCAUAUGAGAAGCCCCAUGUUGUGUGUGGUGAACAGCUUAUCCACAGUCCGUACAUGCAAUGCUUAGCCUGCCUGGCAGUGGGACUUCAUCUGGACCAGCUGCUGUGCUGCCCACCAGUGCCGCCCUCUCUGCGACACUGCCCAACCGAGUCUGCCUCUGCCGUUUGGAGUGCAAGUGAAUGGGCGUGGCUGGACUGCUUCUCAACAACAGUGAAAGCUGCAGAAGCCUUGGCUCGAGGUGCUACCUUCUCUGAGUCCUUUACUGUUCCUGACCUGGAGCCUGUUCUGAAAGACGAGAUGGCCUUGCUCAUGGACAACAGUAAAUGGGUCUCUGGUAUGGAUGAACAAAUCAUGUCUUGGGCCAUCUCCAGACCUGAGGACUGGCACCUUGGAGGGAAAUGUGACGUUUAUUUGUGGGGUGCUGGACGACAUGGUCAGUUGGCAGAGGCAGGCAGAAACAUCUUGGUACCAACCAUUGCACCCUCCUUCUCACAGGCACAACAGGUGGUGUGUGGUCAGAACUGCACUUUUGUUAUUCAACCUAACGGGACUGUGUUGGCAUGUGGAGAGGGCAGCUAUGGUCGCCUGGGACAAGGCAACUCUGACGACCUGCAUGUCCUGACUGUCAUCUCAGCUCUUCAAGGUUUUGUAGUGACUCAGCUGGUGACAUCCUGUGGUAGUGAUGGCCACUCCAUGGCGUUGACAGAGAGUGGUGAGGUGUUUAGUUGGGGCGACGGUGACUAUGGCAAGCUUGGCCACGGGAAUAGUGACCGUCAGCGCCGACCCAGACAGAUUGAAGCAUUGCAAGGAGAAGAGGUGAUACAGAUGUCCUGCGGUUUCAAACACUCAGCUGUCGUAACAGCUGAUGGAAAGCUUUUCUCUUUCGGUAAUGGUGAUUAUGGCAGACUUGGCUUGGGGAACACAUCCAACAAAAAGUUGCCAGAGAAGGUCACUGCUCUGGAAGGGUACCAAGUUGGUCAGGUUGCAUGUGGUCUGAACCACACUUUGGUCAUUUCUGCUGAUGGAAUGAUGGUGUGGGCUUUUGGUGAUGGGGACUAUGGGAAACUGGGACUUGGCAAUUCCACAGCCAAGUCUUCACCUCAGAAAGUGGAAAUGUUAUGUGGACUUGGCAUCAAAAAAGUGGCCUGUGGAACACAAUUCUCUGUGGCUUUAACCAAAGAUGGCAAAGUGUUUACAUUUGGCAAAGACCGACUCAUUGGUUUGCCAGAAGCUCGGGCAAGAAACCACAACCGUCCUCAACAGGUGCCGGCUCUAUCUGGCCUCCACAUCCAGGAUGUCGCUGCAGGAGCUGAGCACACUUUAGUUCUUUCGUCCACUGGGGAUGUUUACACAUGGGGCAGCAACUUGGAGGGCCAGCUCGGCCUGAGCCACACCAAUCAUGUGAGAGAACCUACCCUGGUGACAGCGCUGCAGGGAAAGAACAUUAACCAGAUCACUGCUGGGCGCUGCCACAGCGCAGCAUGGACCGCUCUUUCAGUGCCACCCCGAGCACCAGGCUCUUCAGUUCCUCUCCAGCUGGGUCUGCCUGUGGCUGUGCCCCCUCAGUACGCCGUGCUCAAGGAAGUGAGCUUGGAGGCGGUGAGGGCUCGGCUGCGUCUGCUUUACCACUUCUCUGAUCUCAUGUACUCCUCUUGGAGGCUCCUCAACCUCAGUCCCAACAAUCAGAGCUGCACCUCCCACUACAACGCCGGUACAUGGGGUAUUGUUCAGGGCAAACUAAGACCCCUGUUAGCUCCAAGGGUAUACACUCUACCCAUGGUGCGUUCCAUUGGCAAAACCAUGGUGCAAGGCAAGAAUUAUGGCCCCCAGAUCACAGUCAAACGGAUCUCUACGAGGGGAAGGAAGUGCAAACCCAUUUUUGUGCAGAUUGCUCGCCAGGUAGUGAAGCUGAACGCUUCAGACCUUCGACUUCCCUCAAGGGCCUGGAAGGUAAAGCUGGUGGGCGAGGGAGCUGAUGACGCAGGCGGCGUCUUUGAUGAUACUAUUACAGAAAUGUGUCAGGAGUUGGAGACUGGUGUGGUGGACCUGCUUAUCCCCUCCCCCAAUGUCACGGCAGAGGUUGGCUACAACAGAGAUAGGUUCCUCUUCAACCCAUCUGCCUGCCUGAAUGAGCACAUGCUCCAGUUUAGGUUUCUGGGCAUCCUGAUGGGCGUGGCCAUUCGUACCAAGAAGCCCCUGGACCUGCACCUGGCACCCUUGGUGUGGAAACAGCUGUGCUGCAUCCCCUUGGUUCGCGAGGAUCUGGAGGAAGUGGACCUACUUUAUGUGCAGACGCUGAAAAGCAUUCUUCACAUUGAAGACAGCGGCAUCACUGAGGAGAAUUUCCAUGAGAUGAUUCCUCUGGACUCCUUUGUUGGGCAGAGUGCAGAUGGUAAGAUGGUGCCCAUCAUUCCAGGAGGAAACAGCAUCCCUCUCACCUUCUCCAACAGAAAGGAAUACGUGGAAAGAGCUAUUGAGUACCGACUACAUGAACUUGAUCGACAGGUGGCAGCCGUGCGUGAGGGCAUGUCGUGGAUUGUGCCGGUUCCACUGCUGUCCCUGCUGACGGCCAAGCAUCUGGAGCAGAUGGUGUGCGGAAUGCCUGAGAUCUGCUGCGAUGUGCUGAAGAAGGUGGUGCGCUACCGGGAGGUGGACGAGCAGCACUCGCUGGUGCAAUGGUUCUGGCAGACUUUGGAGGAGUUCUCCAACGAGGAGCGAGUCCUCUUCAUGCGCUUCGUGUCAGGACGCUCGAGGCUGCCCGCCAACACGGCAGACAUCUCGCAGAGGUUUCAGAUCAUGAAGGUGGACAGGCCGUACGACAGCCUGCCUACAUCCCAGACGUGUUUCUUCCAGCUGCGUCUGCCUCCGUACUCCAGCCAGGCCACCAUGGCCGAGCGGCUACGCUACGCCAUUAACAACUGCCGCUCCAUAGACAUGGACAACUACAUGCUCUCUCGCAACGUGGACAACACAGAGGGCUCCGACACAGACUACUGAUGCACACCAGGAAGAAGCCGGCAUGCACAGAUUUGACCCUAACGCCUCACAAACCCAAAAGAUGCACGACAUCCCUGCACCGCCAGGACCACUUUUUAAUUUCAUGUAUUUUCAAACAGCACAUUUGGUCAUUGUGGCUUAAAAACUAUUUUUAAUGAGACAAAACUCUUCACAAGUGCAUUUAGAGUGUAUGAUUUUAGUUAUUGUUUUUACUCCACGUCCCAGUUUGGGGGUUCUGCAUGGAGUUUAUUGUUUAUUUGGAAUUGUGUAUAGUAUAUUCAAGAAAAAGGUUGGGUGGAAAAUAUAUAUUGUGUAAAUUUUGUAAAGUGCUUCAUUAUUAGACAUUUGUUUCCAUAACAUCCAUAUUUAUUGUUUUAUUGCUUAUACCUGUUUUCCAAAACGACAAUAAAUGCUGCAGAAUCUA